CCUGGGAGUGAAGGGAGGGUCAGAAUCAUCGGGAGGGAGGGGAGUGUGAGGAGACCCGGGAGUGAGGGGAGUGUAAAGAGACCUGGGAGUGAAAGCAGAGGAGGGGAUCAUCUCUGGGAAUGAAGCGAGGGGGAUGUGGAGUCCCUGGGAGCGAGGGAAGCGGAGUGUGAGGAGAUGAAUCACUGGAAAUGAGUGGAACGGAAAGCCAGUGACUGACAGGUGGGCAGGAGCAGGAGGAUUUGAUAGUCCAGGGUUCCUGCAGACUAACUUGUGUCGUUGGGCUGGAGGGAGGGGACCUGCUAUCUGCUGGAUUGGAAAGAAAGCAGUGGACUUGUGGAUUGGAGCCGAAAGAGCUGGACUGGGCACAACUGCAGGAUGCUGUCUCUGAAGGGGACCCUCAUUCUGCUUUUGCUGUUCUUCAGUAGCCUGUUUGGCAGUGUCUUUAUGCUGAGCCCACUACUCCCAGUCAUGUUGGUGUCUGUGCCCUGGUAUCGAUGGAUAACUGACCGCGUAGUGGCCAUCUGGUUCACCCUCCCCGUGGCCAUGUUGGAGUUGGUGCUGGGUGUCCGGGUGGUGAUCACUGGAGACGGUUUUAUUCCGGGUGAACGCAGUGUCAUCAUUAUGAACCACCGGACUCGUCUAGACUGGAUGUACCUGUGGAACUGUCUGCUCCGUUACAGCUACCUCAGAAUGGAAAAGAUCUGCUUGAAGUCCUCCCUUAAAUCCAUUCCAGGCUUUGGCUGGGCCAUGCAGGUGGCAGCAUUCAUCUUCAUUGAGAGGAAGUGGGAGCGGGACCGAGAGCACCUCCAGCUUAUGCUGGACCACCUAUGUGACAUCCAGCAGCCCCUGCAGCUGCUCAUGUUUCCUGAGGGCACCGACCUGACAGCUACCACCAAGGGGCGGAGCGAUGAGUUUGCCGAGUCACGGGGUUUCCCCAAGUAUGAGUACGUCCUCCAUCCCCGCACAACGGGCUUUGCCUACAUCGUCAACCAGUUGCGCAAAGGCUCCAAUGUGGAUGCGAUCCAUGACGUGACAGUGGCAUAUCCCUACAACAUCCCACAGUCUGAGCGGGACCUGUUCAACGGCAACUUUCCCAAGGAAAUCCAUUUCCACAUCAAGCGCUACCCAGCAGCACAGCUGCCCAUCACCCUGGAGGGGCUACAGGAAUGGUGCCGACUCCGCUGGCUCGACAAGGAACGGCUUCUACGCACCUUCUAUCAGGGAGACCGCUCUUUCCACAGCCUGGACCCAGGGCAGGACUUGAGUCCUGAUGAGGGGGAGGACCAGAACCCGGGACUGGAUCAGGAGCAGGACUGGAGCCCAGAACAAGGCCGCGACUUGAGUCUGAGUCAAGGACAGGAUCUGAGCCUUUCGAGGGAACUGGGGCCAAUUACAGCCCAGGAGGAAGGCCAGAGUCUUAGGCGCAGAUGGGUCCAGGGCUGGAAUAGACUGCUGGCUCGGGGGCGGGUGUGGUUUGAGGGCCGGAGGCGGGUCUCGGGGCAGUACCAGGGCCAGGAUCUAAGCCUGAGCCAGAGCUGGAGGCCUGUGCAACCACAUGUCCACAUCCCCCCCUGCAAAUCCCAGGGAAGGGUCUUCCUCAUCAAGCUAUUCUCGGUGGUGUACUGGACGGCAUUUGUGCUUGGCGCCAUGAUGCUGCUCUGGUCCUACACAUUAGCACGCUGGUACUUCUCCAGUGUAGUCAUCUUUUUCAUUCUGCAGGAGCGGCUAUUUGGGGGCAUCGAGAUAAUGGAAAUGGCUGCCCAGAGGAGAGCUCAGCGCCACUCCAAGACACACUAACCCUGCGGCUGUCUCCCUCAUCCAUCUGUCCAAUCCCAGAUCUCCUUGCUCUGGUCUGGACAGUCCUGGAACUUCUCCCAAAGGUCUGGCAAAUCCUGGGGCUUUCCCUAAUGGUCCAACCAAUCCCAGGGCAUCUCCCACUGGAUUGGCUAAUCCUGGUGCUGCUCCCAACAAUUCAUCCAAUACUGGUGCUUCACCAACCGGUCCGGCCGGCCCUGGACUCCUACUGGUCUGGCCAAUUCUGGUGCCCUCCACUCCCCCACCAGACCAGCCAAACCUGGGAUUUUCCCAUCAAUUUAGGCUGUCCUAAGACUGUUCCCACAGGUGCAGCCAAAACUGGGAUGCCUCCCUCCAGUCCGGCCAAUCUUGGGGCAUCAAAUUAUGGAUUCAUCAAAUCCGGGGUCUUCUAACAAUCUAUCCAGUCUCGGGCUUCUCCCAUUCAUAUUGCUGAUCCCAGUAAUUCAAUCCAUCCAGCCCAGUUCCAGAAUUAUUUCUCUCAAUCUGGCCAACACCACCAGAAAUCACAUCAUUCUGCUAAUCAUGAGACACCAUGCAUAGGUCUGUCCAAAGGGAGACUGAACCUCAGACUACAGAUGCUGGAAAUCUGAGGGGAGGCCAGGUCACAAUAGAACACCCAGCAGGUCAGGCAGCGCCUGUGGAGCGACGAGUGUAGAGCACGUUCUGCAGAAGUCUGUCAUUGCACAGAUGUUGCCUGACUGGCUGAGUGGUUCUGCUCUCUGAUCUGGGAGCAGAGAAGAGGUGGGUAUCUCUCAGUGUGACAGAGUAGGGAGGGAAGUGCUGCUUCACUGUGACCAAGGCUCCACUCUUUGUCCAAUGGUUCUUACUCCAGCCUGGAAUCGGAAUAAACGCUCGGAGGCUGAGCGCCAAUGAAAGCAUCAGGCUGGUACAGCCGCUGGCAGCUCAGGGUUAAUGUGUUUCGGACUCAUACCCCAGUAAAGGUCAGUGUAUGCAUUGGGUCCACCCCUACUGAGGGUCAGACUGUGUCUGGGACAUGUCUUCUAGUGAGGGUUGGUGUGUGUGUAUGGAGGACCCGUCCCCCUGUGAGGGCCAGUUCUGUGUGUGUGGAUGACCUGUGAGCGUGCGUGUGGGAGGGAGGGGUUUCCCCUUUGGUGAAGGUCCAUGUGUGGGGGGGGGGGGAACCCAUCCUCAAAUAGGGGUUAGCAUGCAUGUGUGUAUUCUUCCCCCCACCAAUAAGGGUCAGUGUGUGCUGUGUGGGACCCAUCACCCAGUAAGGAUUGGUGUGCGUGUGUGUGGAUCUGUACUGAGGUAGACAGGUUUGUUUCCGUGGUUCUACAGUGCACAAUCUUGCACACUGGCAUCAGACUGUGCACUUGAGACUGCUCACUGCUCUGUUGACCCUCUCGGUCCUUUUCCCUCCUCCUAUCAGGUCUGAGUAAAGCAUGGGUUGUCUGUAAUCUGUGUGCACAUUUAACGUUAUGGAUAACCGGGUUCCCCUGUGCCAGCUGGUUUUGUUCUUUGUGUGAGGGGGUGGUUUGCUGACUUUGGCGUAGUGUUGGAAGAGAGAAUCUCUCAGUUUGCUCAUUGUGUUGCAUCUCUCCAGAGCUCUGCUAAUGUUUGAGUGAGCAAUGGAUAUUUUGGGAGCCAUCUGCUGGCUCCUCUUGCGGAUUGUCUACUUUUUAUGACAAACACUAAUGCCAAUAAAUACCUUCAGCUCUU